GGGGUGGGGCCUCGGCAGCGUUCAAGGGCGGGGUCUGGCUGCGGCGGCCCAGUCCUUCUGGGCUCCAGCCAGGGUUUGGCAGCCAUGGCGUGGCCCCGUGUGCGGCUGGUGGUCACCGCCGACGACUUUGGUUACUGCCCGCGGCGCGAUGAGGGCAUCGUGGAGGCCUUCCUGGCAGGGACCGUGACCAGCGUGUCGCUCCUGGUCAACGGCACGGCCGCCGAAAGCGCGGCCGAGCUGGCCCGCAGGCACAGCAUUCCCACGGGCCUCCACGCCAACCUGUCUGAGGGCCGUCCGGUGGGCCCGGCCCGCCACAGCGCCUCGUCGCUCCUCAGCCCGGAAGGCUUCUUUCUGGGCAAGAUGGGAUUUCGGGAGGCCUUAGCGGCUGGCGAAAUUGCUUUGCCCCAGGUGCGGGAGGAGCUAGAGGCUCAACUCAGCCGCUUCCGGGAGUUGUUGGGCAGGUCCCCCACGCACGUGGACGGGCACCAGCACGUGCAUGUGCUCCCAGGCGUGUGUCAGGUGUUCGCGGAGGCGCUGCAGGCCUGCGGGGUCCGCUUCACACGGCUGCCCGCCGAACGCGGGUUGGGCAGCUGCGCGUGGCUCGAAGCGCCAGCGCGAGCCUUCGCAUGCACUGUGGUGCGCGAUGCCCGUGCCGCCAUGGGUCCCUUCUCCCGCCACGGCCUGCGGUGGACCGAUGCCUUUGUGGGCCUGAGCACUUGUGGCCGGCAUAUGUCUGCUCACCGAGUCUUGGGGUCCCUGUCGCGUGCCCUGGAAGAUAUCCCUGCUGGCCACGCCCUGACUGCGGAGUUGAUGGCACACCCUGGAUACCCCAGUGUGCCUCCAGCAGGGGGCUGCGGUGAGGGCCCCGAUGCAUUCUCUUGUUCUUGGGAGCGGCUGCAUGAGCUGCACGUCCUCACAGCACCCACCCUGCGGGCUCGGCUGGCCCAAAAUGGUGUGCAGCUCUGCGCGCUAGACGACCUGGAUUCCAAAAGGCCCGGGGAAGGGGUCCCCUGUGAGGCAACUCUGGAACCCUUUCUGGAGCCUUCCCCACCCUGACACCGAAGGCCGGCUAAGAACUGCCUCCCACUGUGGAGGAAGGCCAAGGCUAAAGCUCCAGUUCAGCCAGGCCCUGGAGUAGGGUCCGACUUCUUAGAGUGAGAAGCCAUUAACCCUGUUCCUUGGUCAGCCUUGCCUGGCUGCAGGCAGUCUGUGACAUCUGGGCGUGAGGCCUGCUGAGCAUUUAUCUGGUGCCAGUUCAUGUUGUAACCACUUGUUUAGGAGCAGUGGGCAGAGGGUGGGUUAAUAAAAUAAUGUCUUUCAGA